GAUCUAUCUAUCUAUCUAUCCACAAGUAAUCCAAGACCAAGAAUUUAAUGCUUUAGCUCAACCACUUCUGCCAACUCCCUCAUUCAUUCACUACUCUUAUUCACUGCUUUUUAAAAAUUGCAAGCCUUCCAUAUAUAUCUACUUAUUACACAUUUGUUGAAGCCCAGUUCCUGCGUUUAGAUCACAACAAUGUCAGGCGUCUACUCGGUGGAGGUUGAGGAAUCAAGGCCGGCGACGGAUCGAAGGCCGUCAGCAGGGGCUGUGUAUAGAAGCAUUUAUGCCAAAGAUGGUCUCCUCGACUUGCCGGCCGGAUUAGAAUCUCCCUGGCAGUUCUUCAGUGACUCCGCCGAGAGGAGCCCCAGCAACCCAAUGCUGGGUCGACGUCAAAUCACCGACUCCAAGGUGGGUCCCUACGUGUGGCUCACAUACCAGGAGACUUACGAUGCAGCCAUCCGCAUGGGCUCUGCCAUGAGGAGCCGUGGUCUCAAUCCUGGUGAUCGUUGUGGCAUAUAUGGAUCCAACUGUCCCGAAUGGAUAAUCGCAAUGGAGGCUUGCAACGGCCAGUCUAUAACAUAUGUUCCACUAUAUGACACGCUUGGUGCUAAUGCAGUGGAGUUCAUAAUCAAUCAUGCUGAAGUCUCAAUAGCUUUUGUUCAAGAGAAUAAAAUCCCUGCCGUUCUGUCAUGCCUCCCAAGGUGUUCUACCAAUUUAAAAACUAUUAUCAGCUUUUCUAAAAUUUCAAGUGCACAAAAGCAAGAAGCUGAAGAAUUGGGAGUGUGUUGCUUUUCUUGGGAAGAGUUUUCUCAGUUGGGAAGUUUGAAUUACAAAUUGCCUCCAAAACAGAAGACUGACAUCUGCACAAUAAUGUAUACAAGUGGAACGACAGGAGAACCAAAAGGUGUUAUUCUUACAAACGGGGCUAUAAUGGCACAAGUAUUGGCGAUCGACCACAUACUUUUGCUUACAGAUAAAGUGGCUACAGAAGAAGAUUCAUUCUUCUCAUUCCUUCCCUUGGCCCAUAUAUAUGAUCAGACAAUGGAGAGCUAUUUCAUCUACAAGGGUUCCUCCAUAGGAUUUUGGCGAGGCGAUAUCAGAUUUCUGAUGGAGGACAUCCAGGAACUGAAGCCAACUGCAUUUUGUGGGGUUCCUAGAGUUUAUGAUCGUAUAUAUGCUGGCAUAAAUAGUAAAAUAUCAUCUGGAGGUGCAUUCCGGAAGACAUUGUUCCAAUAUGCUUAUAACUACAAGUUGGGAAAUCUGGAGAAGGGUCUCCCACAAGACAAAGCAGCACCUCUCAUGGACAGGCUUAUCUUUGAUAAGAUUAAACAAGGAUUAGGGGGAAGAAUCCGUAUGUUGUUAUCAGGUGCUGCACCUUUGUCUAGGCACGUGGAGGAGUUUUUGAGGGUUGUCACUUGCUCUACUUUAUCUCAAGGAUAUGGUCUCACUGAAAGUAUAGGUGGGUGUCUUACAUCCAUAGGUAAUGUAUAUAGUAUGGUGGGAACUGUUGGAGUCCCCAUGACAACCAUUGAAGUCAGGCUUGAGUCAGUGCCAGAAAUGGGAUAUGAUGCCCUUUCUAGCGUGCCACGUGGAGAGAUUUGCCUGAGGGGAAAUACCUUGUUCUCUGGCUACCACAAACGACAAGAUCUAACUGAAGAUGUCCUCGUUGAUGGUUGGUUUCACACAGGUGACAUUGGAGAAUGGCAGCCCAAUGGAGCAAUGAAAAUCAUUGAUAGAAAAAAGAAUAUAUUUAAGCUUUCUCAAGGUGAAUAUGUUGCUGUAGAGAACAUUGAAAGUACAUACUUGCGAUGCCCUCUUAUAACAUCGAUUUGGGUCUAUGGGAACAGUUUUGAGUCAUUUCUUGUAGCUGUGGUUGUCCCAGACCAAAAAGCAGUAGAGGAUUGGGCAGUAAACCAUAAUGUGAGUGGUGAUUUUAAUUCAUUGUGCGAAAACCUGAAGGCAAGGAAAUACAUUUUAGAUGAGCUUAAUAGCACUGGUCACAAACACCAACUUCGAGGUUUUGAGAUUGUAAAAGCAGUGCAUUUGGAACCAAAUCCAUUUGACAUGGAGAGGGAUCUGAUAACCCCAACAUUCAAAUUGAAGAGACAACAAUUGCUCAAGCACUACAAGGACACUGUUGAUCAAUUGUACAGUGAAGGCAAGGGAAUAAGGGCGUGAGAGCAGGAUUGGAAGCCACAAAGUACAAACUGUAAUUUAGAUACCAACUAUUAUAGUCUCCCAUAAGUUUGGUUAUUUUUCUUUAUCUUGUCUAACAACUCUAGUGCGAGAAAAGCACCCAUACAUUUUACCCACAAUGGCUGGGUAUGCCGAUCCUUGUCCAUGUUUCUUUAUAAAUUAUAAAUAAAAAAUUGUUUGAGAUUUUCUA